CACGGGUGUACGAAAACGAGUUCGGGCCGAUGCCGGUCAAUACCAUCGGUUCCCGUUUUCGGCAUCGCGCCGGCGGAGAGAGUUAGAUGUCACACAGCUAACAACGUAGCAGGCUAGCCCGAACCCCGCACCGGAGAGGCAAGCAAGCAGCUGAGGUUAGGUAGGUGCUACGUAGUAGUUUGUCUCGACGUUUUCACGGACCUCCGACCCCCGACCUCCGACCUCCGAUCUCCGACCUCCGGCCGCUACUCGAUCUACCUUUGCCUGCCUAGGGAGUAGUCGAGUUGACCUCACUUGGCUUGACUUGACCUCGACGAGAGCUGGGUGUAAAAAGGGGAGACACGGAGAGGACCUGACCUCACUGCUUCACUUCAGCACCUGCCCUGUCCUGCCUAACCGUAACAGACGGCCGCCGUGGUGACGACAUCGGGAAAUUUGAGUUGACGGCAGGCACGACUCGCAAGAUGGAGUCGCCGGCGGUUCCGCGGAAGCUCUGGGAGCACCCCGACCCAAAGAGCACCUUGGUGUGGCGGUUCAUGCAGGAUCUCAACAACAAACACAACCUCGACCUCAGAGUGCGCCUUCCUUGUUUCUUUUAUACUCAAGUGCCUACUUGCUCCAUGCUGUCCCCACCGACACCAACUCUCGCAUACAUCCACACACACCUGCCUGCCUACCUCUGUAGUACUUGCCUUCAAACUUGACUUCGAGUUGCCUUGCCUUGCAAGCACCCCGUGGCCGGUCUGGACCGCAGCAGAACUGACCCAUCAUGACGGGGUCGGGCACAGACGUUCUCGGACCUGCACGGCUACUCGCUCGCGCGGCGGUCUCAGUUCUGGGCCGACGUCUUUGACGCGUCCAACUUCAUCCACGGCGGCCGGUAUACGUCGGUCAUCGACGAGCGCGCGCCCAUCGACUCGGUGCCGCAAUGGUUCCCCGGCGUGACGCUCAACUUCGCCGAGAACAUGCUGUUCUCGCGCGGGCCCCGCGACCCCCCGGCCCACCGCGGCACCGCCGACAAGGAAGACGCCAAGACGGCCGUCACCGAGGUCCGCGAGGCCGCCUCCGCCACCCGCCACG